AAAGCAAAAACAAAAAACACAAGAAAACAAAAACAAAUAUGUGUCAGCAAAGUAACUCUUUUUCCUGCAAAUGCGAUUCAAGCUUCCCUUUCCUUCCCUCAAUCAAAGACCCGCAGGAGCCCGACAUCAACACCCCAUUGAUCCCCAAAAGUCCAACACCAAACCCAAAUUACCACUCCAAGACGCAGAACAUAACCCAUCUGUCUUCCGCCAUCAAAGAAGCCAUUUCAAUAGCUAAAAUAUCUUUGCCCAUGAUACUGACAGGCCUCAUGCUAUACUCUCGCUCGCUCAUCUCCAUGCUCUUUCUUGGCCACCUUGGAGAGCUUGCUUUGGCUGGAGGCUCACUCGCCGUGGGCUUUGCAAACAUAACCGGCUACUCUAUUCUCUCUGGCCUUGCCAUGGGAAUGGAGCCCAUUUGCGGUCAAGCUUACGGUGCCAAGAAACUCACUCUUCUUGGCCUGACUUUGCAGAGGGCAGUGCUUAUGCUCAUCUUCGCUUCGCUUCCUAUUUCUAUUCUCUGGCUUAAUAUGAAGAGAAUCUUACUGUUUUGUGGCCAAGAUGUUGAUAUAGCAACCGAAGCACAGGCAUAUCUAUCCUACUCUCUCCCUGACCUCUUAGCUCAAUCGCUUUUGCAUCCAUUAAGAAUCUACCUAAGAAGCCAGUCAAUAACUUUGCCUCUAACGUUUUGCGCCAUUCUAUCCAUUCUUGUGCACAUACCCUUAAAUUAUUUUUUUGUCUUUCACCUGAAUUUAGGCAUCGGAGGCGUUGCUCUCACUGGGGUAUGCACAAACUUCAACCUAGUAGGCUCCUUAGUAAUCUAUGUCCUCGUCUCUGGCGUCCAUAAACAGACAUGGGGUGGAUUUUCGACAGAGUGCUUUAAAGCAUGGAAAACUCUCGUGAAUUUGGCCAUUCCCAGCUGCAUUUCGGUCUGCCUUGAAUGGUGGUGGUACGAGAUCAUGAUCUUGGUAUGUGGACUCUUGUUGAAUCCAAGAGCAACCGUCGCUUCAAUGGGAAUUCUGAUUCAAACCACCGCCUUAAUCUACAUAUUCCCAUCUUCUCUAAGCUUUGGCGUGUCAACAAGAGUUGGCAACGAGCUAGGAGCGAAUCAGCCCAAAAAGGCAAAACUCGCCGCUUUCGUAGGCCUCGCUUGCAGCUUCAUGCUGGGCUUUGCGGCUCUGUUUUUCACCUUAAUGGUGAGAAAAAUAUGGGCUACCAUGUUUACUCAGGACAAAGAGAUCAUAGCAUUGACAUCGCUUGUUUUGCCAAUAAUCGGGCUGUGUGAACUCGGAAACUGCCCACAAACCACUGGAUGUGGAGUGCUAAGGGGCACCGCAAGGCCAAAAGUUGGGGCAAACAUCAACCUGGGUUGCUUUUACCUUGUAGGUAUGCCGGUGGCGAUAGCCUUAGCCUUCUUUGCUGGUUUCGAUUUUGAAGGGCUGUGGCUCGGUCUCUUCGCUGCACAGGCCUCGUGUGUGGUGACUAUGCUGAUAGUUGUCUAUAGAACAGAUUGGGAUUCUGAAGCAGAUAGAGCAAAGGAGCUGACGGGGGGCGUGUUUAUUGUCGACAGUGAAGAUUUUGAUCAGGAGAAACCAGACAAAGUCGAAAUCAAUAUUGGGGUUUCUUUUCAUAAUUCAAUUGGAAAAACAGAUGAACUUGAUCUUUCUUGCCUUGUUUAGUAAACCCUUUCCUCCUUGGUUUCUAUCUUUUCGGAAGGUUUUUGUCAAUAGAAAAAUUGUACAGUGGGCAGAGAG